AUGUCUCGUAUACUCAUGGUGGCCGCCGUUUCUUGCCUGCCAUACCUCACGCCUGAGAACCUGCGGUGCUGGUGGUGCAUCCCAAGUGGCGGCCUGCAGACGGAGUGGGAACGGGGUGGGUGGUGUGGACGUGCAGAGUUGGUCGUGGUCGCCACAAGUGUCACUAAAAUCACAGAUAUGUAUUGUGAUGAGACAGAAGAUGCUGAACUGAAUGUUCCUAGAACAGUUCGACCUCCAUCUGUGGUGGAAACUAGUGCAGAGUUGGUCGUGGUCCCCACAAGUGUCGCUAAAAUCACAGAUAUGUAUUGUGAUGAGACAGAAGAUGCUGAACUGAAUGUUCCUAGAACAGUUCGACCUCCAUCUGUGGUGGAAACUAGUGCAGAGUUGGUCGUGGUCCCCACAAGUGUCGCUAAAAUCACAGAUAUGUAUUGUGAUGAGACAGGAGAUGCUGAACUGAAUGUUCCUAGAACAGUUGACCUCCAUCUGUGGUGGAAACUAGUGCAGAGUUGGUCGUGGUCGCCACAAGUGUCGGCCUCAGGCUAUUGUAAUGUCUGCAGCAGUCUUCAGCAUCCUGACAAGGACACAGGACAACAAUGCCGAGUGAUGGAUCAGCUGAUAGUAGAUCUACAGCUGCUGGAUAUAUUGCUUCAUCCUUCUCAUAUCCCGUACAGUCGUGAUACCAGUGUGCUCUAUGGUCUGCUCUGCUAUGAGUAUACUCCAUGGUGUGGUAGACCGUACUCUAUGUACCCAUCUCCCGCCAGAUCUCGCACAGUCGUGAUACUAGUGUGCUCUAUGGUCUGCUCUGCUAUGAGUAUAUUCCAUGGUGUGCUAGAUUGUACUCUAUGUACCCAUCUCCUGCCAGAUCUAUCAAAGUCAACGUACUCUAUGUACCCAUCUCCCGCCAGAUCUCACACAGUCGAGAUACUAGUGUACUCUAUUAUCUCACACAGUCGUGAUACUUGUGUGCUCUAUGGUCUGCUCUGCUAUGAGUAUACUCCAUGGUGUGGUAGACUGUACUCUAUGUACCCAUCUCCCGCCAGAUCUCGCACAGUCGUGAUCUCUGAUGUUAUCCGGCUCUACGUGCUCCAGCCGCUAUCUCUCCAUCUCCGAUGCCCUACUAAUGAGGUAUAUUCACGUCAUCAACUGGCCACUAGAAGACAGGAACCUGGAGAAAAUAUUGAUCAGUAUCUUCGAAAACUAAAAGAACUUAGUAAAGCAUGCAACUUUAAAUCUGUCACUGCUAAUGAAAAUCGCAACGAGUACAUAAGAGACGCUUUCAUUCGAGGACUAAUAUCACAGUCCAUUCGACAAAGACUUCUUGAAAAUCUAACUUUGACUCUUGAAGAAGCUUAUAAUCAAGCCAUUACCUUGGAAUCAGCUGAAAAUCAGGCGGUUUCAUAUAUUUCAAGCCCUUGUAACUCUAUAUCUCAGUCAACUCCUAAAGAUGUUGAUGUUACUGAUACAAAUGUUUCUCAGGCAGCUUCUGAUUCGUCUUCACACCAAUUAUCCUCGAUAAGAAGAGAAAAAUGUUUCUUUUGUGGACGGCCACGACACUCUCGAGCCAACUGUCCUGCCAAAGACUCAGUUUGUAAUAUUUGUGACAAGAAAGGCCAUUGGGCAACAGUUUGCAAUUCUCGCAACCAAAGUAGGACAUUUAAGGGUAAAACAACUCAAAGUGAUAAGACAGAAAUAAACUCAAUGUCUUCUUCUCUUGUUGCUGCCUCACAAAAAUGUCUUUCAAAAGCUACAGUGUCACUGAUGUUAAACGGCAAACCAGUAGAUGCACUCAUUGAUACUGGGAGUUCCGACAGUUUUAUAUCUGAAGCUACUGUGAAAAGAUUCAAUAUUUCUAAAUACCCAACAAAGCAUGAAAUAUCGAUGGCAUCAACAAGUCAUGUUUCAUCAACUCUUGGCCACUGUAUUGUUGACAUGGUGUGCGAUGGCCACGAAUACCCACUGACAAAGCUGCUCAUCUUAACUGAUUUAUGUGCCGAUGUUGUAAUUGGACAUGACAUCCUUCGGCAACAUUCUGCUGUGGAGCUGAAUUUCGGUGGUAAACGCCCACCCUUCAAUGUUUGCAAUCUACUUAGGGCUAAAGUAUCACCACCACCACUGUUUGAUAAUCUAACUAAUGACGUCAAGCCUGUAGCCAUCAAGUCCCGCCGCUACUCUGAAGAUGAUAGUAAGUUCAUAAAAAGUGAAGUAAGUAGGCUUAUAUCAGAAGGAAUAAUUGAACCGAGUAAAUCACCUUGGAGAGCACAAGUGAUUGUGGUCAACAAUGGGCACAAGAGACGUCUCUGUAUUGACUACUCUCAAACCAUCAACAAAUUCACACAGCUUGAUGCCUACCCUCUACCUCACAUUGAAUCAUUUGUCUCUAAGCUUGCUCAAUACAAAGUGUUCAGUACAAUCGAUCUAAAGGAGGCAUAUCACCAAAUACCUAUUCGGAAUGAAGAUAAACCAUUCACUGCAUUUGAAGCUAAUGGGAGACUUUACCAAUACACUCGAAUUCCUUUCGGCGUAACUAAUGGUGUGGCGUGUUUUCAAAGAACUAUUGAUCAGAUUAUAGAAAAUGAAAAUCUACUAGACACGUUUGCUUAUCUGGACGAUGUAACUAUUUGUGGUCGUAGCCAAGCAGAACACGAUCAAAACCUACAGAGAUUCAUGGAAGCAACUAAAAAGUAUAAUCUUACCCUGAACAAAGAAAAAUCUAAGUUUUCGUUGACCAGCAUUCCAGUUCUGGGGUACAUUGUAGAAAACAUGUCCAUGCGUCCUGAUCCUGACCGCCUGCAAUCACUCUUGAAUUUCCCCGUUCCAACUGAUAAUGCAAGCCUUAAAAGAGCUCUUGGCAUGUUGUCCUAUUACGCAAAGUGGAUUCCUAAAUUCUCUGAAAAGGUUCAUUGCCUUACUACAGUCAAAUCAUUCCCAGUAGGCAGUAAAGAAGUAUUGGCCUUUAAGACAUUAAAAGAAGAAAUAGCGAACUCCAGCAUGUCUGCAGUUGAAGAGAAUAUUCCAUUUACUGUAGAAACAGAUGCAUCUGAAUCAGCUAUAGCGGCUACCCUUUCACAAGCUGGAAGGCCAAUAUGUUUCUUUUCAAGAACCCUAACUAAGAGUGAACAACAUCUACCUGCUGUGGAAAAAGAGGCCCUCGCAAUAUUCGAUUCAAUACAGAAAUGGAGGCAUUUCCUGAUUGGAAGACGGUUUAAAUUAAUUACAGACCAGAAAUCUGUGUCAUAUAUGUUCAAUCAGAAACACGCGGGAAAGGUUAAGAACAACAAGAUUUUAAAGUGGCGAUUGGAACUAGCACCUUUCUCUUAUGACAUAGUGUACCGUUCUGGCAAGGAAAACGUAGUAGCAGAUGCAUUUUCACGAGUUUCAUCUUCCAUCUCUUGUAGAGAUUUCGAAAAACUCCGUAGAAUUCAUUGUGACAUUGGGCAUCCUGGAAUAGUACGGAUGGUUCAUUUCUUAAAAAGUAAAAAUCUCCCUUACUCUAUCGAAGAUGUCAGGCGAAUGACCGCUUCAUGCUCUGUUUGUGCGGAAGUGAAACCUCGGUUCUACCAAAAAACCCCAUCAACACUCAUCCAUGCAAUGGCUCCUUUCGAGAGACUUAACAUUGAUUUUAAGGGGCCAAUACCAUCUGUGACAAGGAAUAAAUACAUACUCACGGUUGUUGAUGAGUUUUCAAGAUAUCCGUUUGCUAUUCCUUGCUCGGACACAUCAGCAUCUUCUGUCAUCAAAGCACUUACAUCAAUCUUCACCAUCUUUGGUAUGCCUGCUUUUGUCCACUCCGACCAAGGUUCUGCUUUCAUGUCAAAAGAACUGAGUGAUUUCUUACACUCUAAAGGAAUCGCCACUAGCCGAUCUUCACCUUAUAACCCUCGAGGUAAUUCUCAAGCUGAGCGAUAUAAUGGAACGAUUUGGAAGACUGUAUCUCUUGUUCUGAGAAACAAGGGACUGAAGACAGAACAGUGGGAGUAUGUUUUGCCAGAAGCUUUGCAUUGUAUACGCUCGUUACUAUGUACAGCUACGAAUGAGACCCCACAUGAACGACUUUUCAAACACCAGAGACGAUCAUUUUAUGGCACCUCUCAACCUCAAUGGCUCAUGAAUCCAGGACCAGUAUUAGUGAGAAGGCAUGUAAGAAAUAACAAAUAUGAACCUUUAGUGGAACAAGCUCAGCUGAUAGAGGCUAAUCCAGACUAUGCUCGCAUCAAGUAUAGAGAUGGUAGAGAGGCUCUGGUAUCGGUGCGACAUCUCGCUGUUCCUCCUGAAGCUAUCCAACAAGAGGAUGAGCCAGUGACUUCGGAAAAUCCCAGUCAAGAACUAGAUCCUGCUCUUCAAGACCUGAGACGUGAAUCAAAUCUGCUUCAACCUGAAAUUGGGAACUCUAUUCAGUCUGAAAUCGAAACAUCCCCUCUGCAUGAGACCGUGACCCCUACUUCUGUGAGGGAUAACGAAGAAACAAACCUGCGUCGUUCCACUAGAGUCCGAAGACCUCCCACCUAUCUAAGGGAUUACAUUUAA